AUGUAUGCUCUGGACUUCUCUGCUGAAGCACACCGCACAUCUCCUGCCCUACUGCUCCCCGGCCCGUCAGACCAUCACCACCCUCAUUCCCCUUCACCGGCUGAUGAUCCCCUUAGUCUGCCUCACGACCCCCCUUCUCAGCACGGGCAUCUAAGCCCUGGGUGGAACUCUAACCUGCAGCGUGGGGAUUCGAACCCGGGUCUGCAGCUUGAAGAGGUUCACUCAGGUUGCCAGCAGCUGGAUUUGAACCUGGGUCUGCAGCAUGAGGACUUUAACCCUUAUUGCCAGCAGCCGGAGUUGAACCCGGGUCUGCAGCAGUACCGGGUGACGUACACCAAGUUCGAGGGGGACGAUGAGGAUGUGGUGGGGCUGCGCUUGCGCCUGCGCUCGCGGACUCUCAGCGUGGCAGAGUGCGAACGCGUGCGCGAGGGGAUGGUAGUGGUGGCAUUCGUGAAGCACCCCGAGGGAGACCCUAGUGUGGACGCAGAGGUGAGAGAGACCAAGGUUGGUUUGAAAGGGAGCCUGCGCUCGCAGACGCUCAGCGUGGCGGAUUGCAUGCGUGCAGGAGGGCAUGGUGGUGGUGGCGUUUGUCAAGCACCCCCAGCGCAUUACGAUGGGCGGGUGGUGGCGAUUGACAGGAAGCCUCACGAGGUGCCGGGGAGGGGCAGGAGGGCGCGCUGCGAGUGCACCUUCUACGAAUUGGAGGAAGAGGAGAAGGAAUUGGAGGAGGAGGAGGAGGAGGAGGAGAAGGAAUUGGGGGAGGAGGAGAAGGAAUUGGGGGAGGAGGAAAAGGAAUUGGAGGAGGAGGAGAAGGAAUUGGAGGAGGAGAAAAAGGAAUUUGAGGAGGAGGAGGAGAAGAGAGAGGGAGAUGAUGAUGAUGAUGUCGUGGAGGUGCAAGAGGGAUGGGGGGGGAACGAGGUAGAGGCAGAGGUGAAAGAGGAGGAGGUGAAAGAGGAGGAGGUGAAAGAGGAGAGGAAAGAGGAGAAAGAAGAGUUGGAAGAAGAAGAGAAUGCAGAGGAAGAGAAAGACAAGGAGGAGAAAGAGGAGGAGAAAGAAGGGGAGAAAGUGGAGGAGGAACAGGAGGAGGAGAAAGAGGAGGAGAAAGAAGGGGAGGAAGAGGAGGAGAAACAGGAGGAGGAGAUAGAGGCGAGAGAAGGGCAGAAAGAGGAGAAAGAUAUGGAGGAGACGGGGGAGAAAGUGGAGAAGAAAGAGGAGGAGAACCCGGGGGAGAGACAUGAGGUGAAAGAAAAGGAGAAUACGGAGGAGGAGAAUGAGGAGGAGGAAGACGGAAGUGGAAACGGCAAGGCUGCUGAAGGCGGCUGCGAGAGGGAGGAAGGAGAGACUGAUGUGGAUGGGUUGAGGUGCGUCACACGUCAACCGUCUGAUCCACGGAGGGCUUUAAAGGUGAGGUUGGUGAGGCGCAUUACACGGCACCCAUCAGAUGCGCUGGCGUCCCAGGCGAGGUGGGUCGCCUGUGGUGCGACGGGCGAAGAGGGAGAUGAAGAGGAGAGUGAUCGGCAAUCCUGCAGACAGGGUAGUGAAGGCGGGGAGGGUGGGGAAGGUGGGGAGGAUGGUGAGAGAGGAGAGGGUGAAAGACUGGGCGGGAAUCAGGGGCAUGCGGCACAGGGUGGGGAGGAGGGGCGUGAGGGGAAGGGUGGGGAGAUGAGCAGUGGAGGAACGGGUGGGGAAAGGGGGGAGGUUGAAUGUCCGGAGACACAGCAGCAUUAUCUGAGGAGCAGGAAACGGAGCGAGGGAGGAGGAGAGAAAGGGAGAGGAGAGGAAGGGAGAGAAGAGGGAGGGAGAGGAGUGAAGCGAGGAGCGGGGCAGUGGGGGCAGCUUGGCAGGGCGAGGGGCCAUCGGGUGUGCCGCCAUGCCCCUCCUCAGCUGCUGUUUGGGCCUCCACCCUCUCGUGUUGAGGCACCUGCUGCUGCUGCUGCUGCUGCUGCUGCUGCUGCCUCACCUGCCCCCUCUCUGCCCACACGUGACACAGGCGUUCCUCCUGCAUCACCUGCAUCACUCGCCAUGCGUGGUUUCCUGCUGAGAAUGCCCACACGUGACACAUGCGUUUCUCCUGCUCCACCUCACUCCUCCACAGUCCCUGCUCCCUCCCCUCCCCCACCCGUUGCACUUGCUGCACCUGCCCCUCCACCCGUCGCUCUCUCCCUACCUGCCGCUCUCGGCACAAUCCUAGCUGCUGCUGGCAGCACAGCGCCUCCGGCCGCUGGCAUGACUCAGCAGGCCGACAGUACAGCUCAGCAGGCCAGCUGCGUGAGUCAGCUGGUCCGCUGCGUGACUCAGCGGGCCAACAGCUUGGCUCCCCAGGGGAGCAGGGUGUGUGAGGAGCAAACGAGUGCGGUGCUGCAGGGGUUUGGCUUGGUUCUCAUCACAGGGGAAGCAGCUGCAGCCCAGGCAUCCACCCACCCCUCGCCUGUGCAGCCAGUCGCUCACCUCUCGCCUGUCUGUUUUGCAGCUCAGCCUUUCUCUGCGCUUGGAGCGCCUGUGCACCCAACGCCUCCUUUCCAGUCCACUGCCCAGCCCUCUCCCGCUCAACCUACCUCUCAGCCCUCCCCUGCCCAGCCAACUGGGCAGCCCUCUGGUGUCCAUUCCACGGCUCCUCCACUCCCUGCUGUGCCACCACUCGUACUGGAACCCCCCUCUCUUCCCGCCCAGCAAAACGCUCACCCCUCUCCUGCUCAACCACCUACUGCUGAGCCCUCUGGUGCCCGUUCCGCAGCUGAACCGCUGCCUGACCAGCCAGCACUCGUUCUCGAACCCCCUCCUGGUCCCUCUCGCAGCCUUUCUUCAACCAUACUUCAUGCAUCGCUCCCCACCCAAGCCUCGCCCCCAAAUCAAGACCCGCCCCCCAUUCAAAACCUCCCCCCCAUGCAGUACCCGGUCUCCGCGCACGGAUCUCCCCGCACCCAGCCCUUUCCUUCUGUGGAUCUCCCUCCAAGUUCUCAGCACAUCUCCCCUGGUACUGCGCCUGCAACUGCCCCUGCAACUGUCCCCGCAGCUGCUCCAACUGCCCCUGUCACUGCCGCUGCGAUUCCCCUUGGUUUUAUGGAGACAAGCAGGCAGAUGCUGCAGGCACAGGGGGAGCAUGCGUCGAAUUCUGGAGAAGCGGAGCGAGGGGAGUGUUGGGAAGGGACGGAGAGGGAGGUGGGAGAGGAAGCAGAGAGAAGGGCAGGAGGCGAGGAUGGGGGAAUGGAGGAGAGGAGUAAAGGGGAGGAAGAGGGUGCAAGAGGGGAGGAGCAAGGGGGAGAGGGUGCAAGGAGUGUGCAAGAGGAGGGAGAUGGUGCAAGGAGGGAGCAAGGAAAAAGAGAGGAGCGGAUACACUUGCGAGAGAAUGAGCAGAUGCAAGGCGAGGGGCCGACGCAAGGCGAGGGGCCGACGCAAGGCGAGGGGCCGAUGUGGAAUGAAGGGCAGACACGGAGUGAGGGGCAGCAAGAACAAGGUAGGGAGGGUGCAGAGCAGAGAGAGGAGCGACGUGUGCAAGGAGGGGUGGAGGAGCCAAGGGUGGAGGAGCCAAGGGUGCUGGGAAGAAUGGAGGGGGGAGGGGUGCAGGGAAGAGCGGGGACCCGAAGGGUGAGGAGGAGAAGGGGGGCAGGGGAAGGGGUGGAGAGAAGAAUGGGGAGGGGAGAGGUGCAGAGAAGAGUAGAGGAGCAAGGGGUGCAGAGAAGAGUAGAGGAGCAAGGGGUGCAGAGAAGAGUAGAGGAGCAAGGGGUGCAGAGAAGAGUAGAGGAGCAAGGGGUGCAGAGAAGAGUAGAGGAGCAAGGAGUGCAGAGAAGAGUAGAGGAGCAAGGGGUGCAGAGAAGAGUAGAGGAGCAAGGGGUGCAGAGAAGAGUAGAGGAGCAAGGGGUGCAGAGAAGAGUAGAGGAGCAAGGGGUGCAGAGAAGAGUAGAGGAGCAAGGGGUGCAGAGAAGAGUAGAGGAGCAAGGGGUGCAGAGGCGAGUGGUGGGACGAGGUGGGUUGGAAGCGGUGGUGAGGGACAGAUGGUCUGGAAGCGACAACAGGGGGAUGGAAGAGCAGGGUUUGAGCCUAGGUGGUGGUGGUGGGUUAAGAGGGACGGUGAGAGAUGUGGGAGAGGAGGCGAGGAAUGGAGGGGAGGGAGAGAGGGAGAAAGAGAGGGAGAGGGAGAGUAUGCAAGAAAGGGAGGAGAUGAGGGGGGAAGGGAGGGAAAAGAGGAGGGAGGAAAGGAGGGAAGAGAGGAGGGAAGAGAGGAGGGAAGAGAGGAAGAAGGAGAGGAGGGAAGAGAGGAGGGAAGAGAGGACAGAAGAGAGGGAAAGGAGGAGGGAUGAGAUGAGGGAAUUGAGAGAGGAGAGGAGGGAAGAGAGGGGGGAAGAGAGGACGGAGGAGAGGGAAGGGAGGAGGGAAGAGAGGUGGGAAGUGAGAGAAGAGAGGAGGGAAGAGAGGAGGGAAGAGAGGAGGGAAGAGAGGAGGGAAGAGAGGAGGGAAGAGGGGAGGGAAGAGAGGAGGGAAGAGAGGAGGGAAGAAGUUGUGAGGCUGAGAGAGGUGACUGAGAGUAUGGAAUUGGAGGAAGGGGAGGUGGUGGAAGAGGGGGAGGAGGGGGAGGAAGGGGAGGUGGAGGAAAUGGAGGAGGUGGAGGAAGGGGAGGUGUUAGAAGAGGGGGAGGAAGUGGAGGAAGGGGAGGAGGUGGAUGGAGGGGAGGAGGAAGAGGAGGUAGAGGAGGAAGGGAUAGUUGGGUGCAGAGGGUGCAUGGUAGCGAGCGAGAGGGGAGGCGGUGUGGGUGGAAUGAGUGGGGCACGUGCGGGGGAAGGGAGGAGUGAGCAGCCCCCCCGUCAGGCACCCGUAGCAGCGGAUCCCAACGCGGUGCGUGCAGAGGCGCACAGGGGAGGGCUCGUGAGCAUGUCCAUGCCCAUGCUUGUGGGUGGAGAGAUGCAAUCGAGAGGGGGCAUGGUCAUGGGCAUGCCUAUGCCCAUGCCCAUGCCCAUGCCCAUGCUUGUGGGUGGAGAGACACAAACGAGAGGGGGCAUGGGCAUGGGUGGAGAGGCACGCAGGGGAAGGCUGCUGGGCAUGCCUGUGGGUGCCUCUCAUGUGAUUGUUCUGUCUGAUGACGAUGAAGAGGCAGGCCAGGGGGAGGCGAGUCCGAGGGAGAGGGGCCGGGUGGAGGAGGGUCGGGCGGAGGAGGUUCGGGUGGAGGAGGAGGGAGAAGAGGAGGAGGGCAGAGGGAAAAGGGGAUGCUUUGAAAGGGAAGAGGGGGAGAGUGGGGCGAGGCUAGUGGGGGAGAAAGAGGCAGCUGGGAUGGUGGGAGGCGAUGCAGAGGAGUGGAAUGAGGGGGGGCAGGGGGUGCAGGAGGGAGAAAGGAGGAGUGGUUGGAGAGGGCAUUUUGAAAAGGAAAAUGGGGAGGGACAUUCCGAAGGAGAUCCAGAUGCGGGGAUGGAAGUGGAGGGAGGCAGAGUGAGGACGAGUGAGUGUGAGAUGCGGCCAGGUGAAGUGGGGAAGAGGGAGGUGCUUGAGCAGGGAAAGAAGGGCGAGGAGAGGGAGGAGGGGGGGGAGGAUAGGGAGGAGGGUGCACAAGGAGAGGAGAAGGAGGAUAAGGAAGAGGGAGAUCAGGGCGAGAAAGGGGGGAAGGAGGGGCAGGGAGUGCAGAGAGUGCAGGGGGAGGAGAGGGAGCAGGGCGGGAAGAGUGAGGAGAAAAAAAAGGAGCUGUCCGGAAUGGUUGGGGAAUGUGGGGAGAUGGAAGGGACCGGGGAGGAGGGGAAGCGGCUGGGGAGUGCUGCUGGCGCAUGUGGGGGUGAUGCAGGGAGGGGAGCGAGGGUGAUGCACAGGAAGGAGGACGUGAAGGGGAGGCGAGAGGAUGAGAGGGUUGAGGCAUGGCAUGGGAAAGAGGUGAUUGUGCUGGAUGUUAGUGAUGAGGAGGAGGACCAUAACGAGCGUGCUAAUAACGAGGAUGAGUCAAACAAGGGACGUAAUGAUAAGAUGGGAGGUGGGGAGAGUGAGAGGGAUGGGGUGAGUAGGGUGGGAGGAGCAAUGCAGAGGCAAGGGGAUGGGGAGAGAGGGGGAAGUGAGUGCGAGGAAGGGGCUGCGAAAGUGCGAGGGAGAGAGUGUGGUGUGGAGGAGGAUUCGGAAUUAGAGGAAGGGGAAGUUCGAGAGGAGGAGGGGGAUGAGGAUGAUGGGUGGAAUGAUGGGGGAGAGAGCAGUGAGAGAGAAGGGGAGAUAGGGAACAAUGCUGGGUAUGAUAAGGAGGGUGGGGAGGUGAGGCGUUAUCAAGAGGAUGAGGAGAUGAGGGAAAAGGAGAGGAAGGAAGAGGAGAGGAUGGAAGAGGAGAGAAAGGAAGAGGAGAGGAAGGAAAAGGAGAGGGCGGAAGAGGAGAGGAAGGAAGAAGAGAGAAAGGAAGAGGAGAGGAAGGAAAAAGAGAGGAAGGAAGAGGAGAGGAAGGAAGAGGGGCGGCAGGGAAUAAAUCAGGUGACAAGAGAGGAGGAAGGGAACAAGGAGGAAAGGAGUGGGAAGAUGCGAGAGGAAGGUGAUGCAGUGGAAGCAAAAGGUGGUCAGAGACCGGCGGGGCUGGGCCGUGCGUGGGGCUUACUGGCUGCUCGUAGCAUCAUUCCCCAUCACCCGCAUGGCCCGUGUCGUGCUCACCACCCCCACCAUGUUCAUCUCUCUCGCCCUCGUUACCCUUGUCACUCUGCUGCGCCUACUGUGGUGGGUGCUUCUAGCGCGCCGGUGAAGGAUGGGGCUGUUGGUGUGAGGGAGGAGGAUGAGGUUGAAGAGGAGAUUAUCUUUCUGGAUGAUGAUGAUGAUGAGGAAGAGGAGGAGGAAGAGGAGGAGGAAGAGGAGGAGGCGAGGAGAGUGGGACAGGGAGAGGGGAGAGAGCAAGGAGAGGAGACAGGGGGUGCGACGGUGGUUAUAUUGGAUGAUAGUGGAAGAUGUAGAGAGGGGAUGGGGCAAGUGGAAACAAGGAAGGAAGAGGUAGCGAGGAAGGAAGAGGGAGAAAUGACGGGGAGAGCACACAAAGAGUUGGAAGGUGUGGAGGAGGCGGGCGAGGAAGGGGAUGGAGUGUGGGGGCAGGAAGGAAGUGAAGGGGUGCGGCGAGAAGAGGAAGGUGAGGAGGCUGAUCAAGGGGCAGAGGAGGAAAGCAAGGAGCAGCCAAAGGAGUUGGAAAGGGUCUCAGGUGGAGAGGUGGAAGGGGACGGAAGGUGCACUGGCAACAGGGCCGUUUUUGAGUCGACUCAAGAGGUACCUAAAGAGUUGGAGAAAGCACCAGAUGGAGAGGUGGGCGGGGAAGGAAGGAGGCCAGGUAAGAGGGGAGGCAGGGAAGAGGAGUGGGAUGUGUGGGGUUGGGAGCGUGCAUGGAAGAGGGCGAAGAGUGCCGUGGAUGAGUGGCUGGACGAGGGGGAUGACGCGUUGGUGGGGGCGGGUGCACAAGGUGGGGAGGGAGGGGAGAAGGGCGGAAUGGGGGUGGAGAGGCAGAGGGGAGAAGCAGGAGGGGCAGGAGAGGGAGGAGAGGGAGGAGAGGGAGGAGAGGGAGGAGAGGGAGGAGUGGCAGGAGAAGCAGCGAGUGCAGGGCAAUCUGUGCAUGGGGAUGAGCUGGUGUGCUCGGCUCCGUGUGUAGGAGAGGCCGGGGGCGUGGAGGUGAGCUCUGGGUCGGCUCAGACUUCACCAAAUGCAGAGCAAUGCUUGGCUGGGGAUGGGCGGGACGAGGUGGCGUGCUGUGAUCCGUGUGGGGGAGAGAGUGGUGGCGUGGAGGGAGGCGGGGCGCGGAAGAGGAAGAGAGAUGUGCAGGAGGGAGAGAUGUGCAGCGAGGAAGGCCCAGCGGAGAUGCAGGGAGAGGUGAAUUUGAGAGGCGAGGAGGGGCUUGUAGGCCCAGAGGAGAAAGCGGAAGAUGAAGCUAAGGGGGAGGAGGCACGGGAAGAGGCUGAUCAGGAAGCCACUGGACUUACUGAAGCCACAAGGACCGCAACAAACACGACAGCCACAACAGCUGCAACAGGCGCAACAGCCACAGCAGCCACAACAGCCGCAACAGGUGCAAGAGACACAAGAGGUGCAAGAGGCACGAGAGGCAUAGAUGUGCUUCUCCCGUCUGCCCUCCUCAUUGCAUCUCCUCGCCUCCAUCCCUCUGCUUCACCUGCACCACCCCUUCCCAUCCCACCCACAUCAACCUUACCUCAGCCUCCCCCCGCCUCCUCCUCCCCACCUGUUGCCUCAACCCCUGUUGCUCCUGCCACCUCUGCUCCCUCCUCCUCUGCUCCCUCUUCCUCCGCCCCCUCCUCUGCUCCCUCCUCUUCUCCCUCCUCCUCCGCCCCCUCCUCCUCUGCUCCUCCCUCCUCUGCUCCCUCCUCCUCUGCCCCUUCCGCUGAUCCUGCUUCUCCCACUCCUUCAACCCGCACUGCUCCUCCCCCCUCUCCCCCUGCUGCUCCCUCUCCCCCUCCUCCUGCCAGUGCAUCAGCACAGAAACAGCGGGAGAGUGAUGAGGAGGAGGAUGUGGAGAGGGAGGAGGGGCGGUCAGGCCAUCCCAUGGGGGCAUACGAUGUGAGGAGGCAGGGAGUGUGUCGGUACGACGGGGGGCGGCAUGUGGUGGAGGAGGAUGCGAUGGAGGGGGAGGUGUGUGCCAAGUGCGGCAUCGUCCUCAGGAGCGCCCACGAGCUGUCGCUGUCUCCCGUGCCCUCAAUUUCGCCGCCUCAUAUCUCCCACCCACAGGCAACGAACCAGCCCUCCCCAAGGGUUGUGACGAGCAAAAGGCGGCCCCACCUCACCCCAAUGCAGUUGCAGGCGCAUGCAGCAGGCGGGCAGGCAAUGGGAUGGGAUGGAAGCUGCCCUGGCGUGCCCUCCCCAGGAGCAGUGACCAUCAGGCGGGCGUACCUCACCCCGAUGCAGCUGCAGGCGCAGCAGGCCAUGCGAGCCAUGGAGGCUGCAGAGGCUGAGUGGCGCCGGGAGGAGCAGCAGCGCCAGCAGGCAGCGCAAACACUUAUCUUCACUCCCAUGUCCCCCGCUCCUCCUGUUUCUCCCAUUUUCCCCAUGUCGCCUGUUCCUCCUGUUUCUCCCAUUUUCCCCAUGUCGCCCGUUUCUCUGUUUCUCGUCCACAGGGCUCAGGGCAGCGCACCGGGAUCUCCACCACGACCUAUGCAGGGGCGAGUAGGGGAUGGACCGGGAGGAGCCGGCGCGAUCUUCGUUGAGGGGUUGCUUACCGUACCGGCGCCGACCUCUCGUCGCUCUUUCCGUUACGACGGCCCUCGACCCCCUCCUUCGGGGCAGACGCCGACGCAGCCGGAGAGCGGCAGCGAGGAGGAGGAUGAGGAGGAGGAUGGUGAGGGCGAGAAGGAGGAGGACACUGAGGGGAGCGGGGAUGACAGCGAGGCGGCGUGGGACCCAGAGACGCAUGGCGAUGGGGAGGGGAGAGAUGAUGAUGAUGAAGACCACGAGAUGGAUGGGUUGGAGCCAGAGGGGCGGGAGGAGGAGGUGGGAGAGGGUGGUGGAAGGGCGGCGACAGAGGCGGGAUCACAGCAUGUGCGUGAAGGGGGAGGGAGCGUGGGGAUUAAGGUGGGGGGGAGAAAGGCCGUGACCAUUAGGGAGCCGAGGCAGAGGAAGAAGGCCAACAAGUUGAGGGAGCGGGCGUAUCCCUGCACGUUCACUGGGGAGCCCUUGGGCGAGGGUGUGAUCGCUCCCGAGUUCCUAGACGAGGACGGAGAGUCCGAGAGUAGUAAGGGGACUGGCAAGGGUAAUAGGAAGUCGGGGUGGCAAGUAAUGAUGUUCGGACCGUUAGGGGCAGACGAUAAGCGUCAGUGCAAGAUUUGCACAGACAGGAUUUCGUGGAAGCAAUCCACAACAACCCCCGGCGAGCGGCACUUUGCGAGCUUCCACACUGCGCACAUGCAUGUGUGGCAUCACCGUUACCACACCCCGUCCGUUCACUUGCCAGGGGAGACGUUUCCACGUGGGGGCUACAAGGGAGUGCCGGAUGGCUACGUCUAUCAGUGGCCACAUGCCAAGACUUGGCCGCAGCUCGCAAAGGGGAAAGGGAUGGCGACUGGUGGAGGUCAUGGGUCAGGCGGGAUGGAGCGGUGGAUGACAACCAAACUGACCUCGGUGCAGCUACGGCAGGCGAUCACGAAGCUGGUGGUCACCUGCGACCUCCCCUUCCGCAUCGUCGAGGCCGAGGCUUUUCAUGAGCUACUCAUCCUGCUAAACCGCAACUGCGCGCAGAAGAACUUCAUCCCCUCGCGCUGGACGGUUUCCCGCGAUACAGUGGUCUAUGCGGCUGCCGCUCUUCAGUCAGCCAUUGCGGAGAUGCUGGCGAAGGAGGGGGAUCUGGGGUGCAGGGUGUCGUUCACCAUCGACAUGUGGACGUCGCCCAACAACAGGGCGUGGCUAGUGGUAACGGGUCACUGGAUCGACGAGAAUUACCAGCUGCGCACAAUGGUGUUUGAAUUCCGCGAGAUUCACGGGCGUCACACGGGCAAGCAGAUGGCGAGGGUGGUUGAGGAGACUGUGAUGCAGUGGGGGUUGGAGACGCGUUGUCUUGGGCUCACCUCAGACAACGCCUCCAGCAACACUGCCGCUUUCAGGUGGAUGUCGGAGGAGGGUGGUGGCCAGUGCUUCUUCAACUCGCGCAUGCACUUCCGGUGUUAUGUUCCGAACCGGCCCUCCGCAGGCGCAGUGGUGACCAUCAGGCGGCCCCACCUGAACCCAAUGCAGCUGCAGGCGCAGCAGGCCAUGCGAGCCUUGGAGGCUGCAGAGGCAGAGUGGCGCCGGGAGGAGCAGCAGCGCGAGCAGGCAGCGCAGCGCGAGAGGGAGAAACAGCGGAAAGAGAGGGAGCGGGAGCGAGAGCUUGAGCGGCGGCAGCAGCUGCUGGGGGAGAUCGGGGUGGAGCACGAUUGCUGGCCGUCGGAUUUCCUCGGAAAGAGGAUGCAGAGCCAUCAGAUUGCUGCGUUCCGAUUCAUCUGGCACCACCUGGUGGCUGGGGCCGGGGGGAGGCCAGGGGAAGGGCGAGUGGGAGCAGGGGGAGGAGACGUAAAAUCACAGGAGAGGGAAGUAGGGGGGUGCAUCUUGGCGCAUGCGCCUGGCACGGGCAAGACGCUGACCACCAUCGCCUUCAUCGAGAAGCUUCUCUCCCUGCAUCACCAUCAGCGGCUCACUCGUGGUGAGACGGGGCAUCUCAGUGCCUCUGCUGCUGUGUCUGCAGCAAGCGGCACCCCGCCGCGCAUCCUGAUCGUGACAGAGCUCUCCAUAGUGGACUCAUGGUGGGCCGAGUUCCACAAGUGGAUCACCACCCGCUCCCAGCGCGCUGUCAUCCCCUCCCUCAAAGUCCUGGAAGGCGGGGGCGCAGGGGGGAUACGAGAAGCAGAGAGGGUGGCCAAGGCGUGGGCUGCUAAGGGUGGUGUGUUGAUUGCGACUUAUGGGUUUCUGGAAGGGGUGAUUGAGAAGCGGGGAGUAGGGGGGGCAGGAAGGGCAGGCGGGGUGUGGGGGUUGGGGUCGCAGGGGCGGGAGGAGGGGGUGUGGGCGAGGGGCGAGGUGAGACGGAUGGUGGUGGAGGAGACGGAUGUGCUCAUCUGUGACGAGGGCCACCGCAUCAAAUCGCCCUCCACCAUCUCGCACCGGGUAAGCACAGCGUGCGUGUGA